CAAUUGCAUGAAGAUAGGGCUCGUCUACGUGAUGUUCGAGGCCGGGCUCAAGUACUUCAGCAGCCACCACGUCGGCCAGGACCUCAACUACCCGUACCUCCUUGGCGACCAGCUGGCCUACGAGCAAUACCUCUACACGGUGGGCCUCACCUUGGUCGAGUACGUGUCCUACAUCCUCGCGGUGGUGAUCUCCGCCCGGCUGCUACUCGGCAAGACCCACUACGCGAUCGUCAAGUACAACUACCUGGCGAUGGCGGUCAUCCUCUCUUCCUUCGGCAAGCCGCUGCACCUCUUCCUCAUGGUCUGGGACUACCAGCAACUGUUCUCCACCAUACUGGACGUGUUCGUGGUCAUCUCCAACGUGAUGGCCGUACGCGCUUUCCUGAACGACGCCAAGCAGGCGAUGCUGGUGGUGGCUGUCGGGUUCACUGUGCGGCUGCUCACGCGGCUCAUCCUCUCCGCCCACUACGACGCUGCCGUGCCGUUCACCUUCUUCAUCAACUGAAGCUUCUACACGGACUUUGGUUUCUUGCACAUACAAACCGCACACACACGACGUGCCGCACACAACGCGAAGAAAGAUUCGGCUGA